AUGUCAACCAAAGCAAUCAAGAAAGUCGCUGUUGUUGGUGGCUCUGGAGCCACUGGCCCCCCAGUGGUCCAAGCUCUUCUCCAAGCCCAGUUCGAGGUGUCGGUUCUCAGUCGAGAGUCAUCCACGGCGACAUUCCCAGAAGGCGUGAAGGUUAUCAAGACAAACUACUCCCACAACUCCCUUGUUGCAGCAUUGAAAGGCCAGGAGGCGGUCGUCUCGACCAUCUCCACGUUUUCCCUGGCCCCGCAAAUUGCCAUUAUUGACGCUGCCAUCGAAGCCGGCGUCCGCCGAUUCCUCCCAUCGGAAUUUGGAGUCGACACCUCGUCUCGGGCUCUGGGUGAAGGUGGCCUCCCGCCAGCCUUGACGAAGACCGAGACUGUCGCGUACCUCAAAUCCAAGGAGAGCACCGGAAUGACAUGGACUGCCGUGAUCGUGGGGGCUUUUUUCGACUGGAGCUUUGCUAAACCCAUCACUCUGGGCUGGAACCUCCCAGAGAACACCGCCACGAUCUUUGACGGAGGUGACAUCGAAUUCGAAGCGACCAAUCUCGCUCAAAUAGGUCGUGCCGUAGCUGCGAUCUUAUCCGCCCAACACAUGGACAAGACAGCAAAUCAGUACGUCUACAUCAACAGCUUCACCACGACGCAGAAUGAGAUGUUGAAAAUCUUCGAAAAGCUCGGCGGCAAGAAAUACCAAGUGAAGCAUGUGAAGGCCGAUGAUUUCAACAAGAGCGCCCUUGAGAAAAUGCAGUCUGAUCCGGAUCAAGGGAAAGUAUGGACGCAGGGCGUGCUGGAGGCGAUUGUUUUGAUCAUGAUGAACUAUCGAGGCUUCUGUCAAUACUCCAAGACAAAGGGUCUGUGGAACAAGAGGCUGGGACUGCCAGAGGAGAAUCCAGAGGACACGAUUAGGGAGGUCCUGGCCACAGCGGCUGGUCAAAAUUGA